GAGAGUCUGUACAUAUUUAACGGGUCCGGUUUUUUUUUUAUCCGUCUACUUAUAGUGUGUUCCGGGAAUUAGAAGAGGAAAGAAAAAUGGAAGGAUUAAUGUUGUAGGGAAAAAAACAAGGAUUUUCGAAAUUGAUUAAGAAAACGCUAAAAAAAAUGUUGUAUCUUCCUGAGUGAUUCAGUUUAGUUUAAUGACGUGUAUGGAGUGAAGAUCAUCUCUCUGAAAGAAGAGUAACAUUGACUAAGUGCAUUUUGCUUUCUCAUUUAGGAUUUUCGAGAACCAUUUAGAACAAAGGACAGUUCUUUCCUGUAGCAAUGUACGUAUUUCUACAGACUACAGCAAGUAAAUCAUAUUUGUUUUUCGUGCGGAUAUGUAUAUAUCAGAGUAUAAACAACACACAUGAAGACACAAAGUAGUUUCGUGUAUUUGCAGUUAUUCUAAACGUUUACAUUUCAUUCAUUACCGAAGAAAUAUUUGGUGCUGUGCUCUAUGAACAAUAUGCUAAUGUUUUGAAUAGCCUAACAUUUCAGUGUAUAAUUAGAGAGACUGUCUUUGGAAUUAACGAGGCAGAGUCAUCUCAAGGCAGGGUUUCCAUGGCAUUUAAAAGCUGGAGAUAUAAGCAGAAGUCAAGAUAUUGGUGAUGCAUGAAAUAAGUUCCAUAAUCUUUUUCCUAUCAUACGAACUAUGAGCAGAGUGGAUGUCGUAAAAUCGUAAAAUUUGUGUCGUCAAAUACAUUAUUUAUUCUUCUUUUGGUAAAUAGAACGACCAUAAGAUCCUGAAACUGAAGUAACUACACCGCCCCCUCCCCACCACCACCACCAAAUGCUGAAACGCCUCCGAUAAAACUCCUGCAGAAGCUUUCUCCGAGGCGGGGCAGCGCGAUGGUGCGGCGAGUGAGAAGAGCGUUAAAGAUCCUGUGGCUGGCGUCCGUAGCGGCGUCCCUCGCGCUCCUCUUCACCUUCAGCGACUCCGGCCUCCGCAUGCGCCUACCUAGCACCUCCUUCUCCUCCUUUUCCUCCUCCUCCUUCGCCGGCAGGAACCUCGCGCUGAGGGAUCGCCCCAACGCCACGGCUGACGCUGAGGACGAGUUUAUCCCCGACGACGGCGAGAUCGAAAGACCCGUCGAAGAAGUCUACAACGGAGAGGACAAAGAACGUGUUGAACAACAACAACAACAACAAGAACAAGAAGAACAAGAAAGAGUAAGAGAAGAAGAAGAACCAGAAGGAGCAUCCGCAUCCGCAUCCCGAUGGACGGCCGACGAAGCAACGGCCUCCUGGUACGCUUUCGUAGCCAAGGAGGUUCGCGGAGAGGAGAGAGCGAGUGAGGAGAGUGUGCCAGAAGUACAGGAACCCCGUGUACAGCAAGCACCUCACAAGGAACUUGUUCAUGUACUAUUCAGAAAAGUACAAGCUCAUGGUGUGCAUAGCCGCCAAGGUCGGGUCAUCCACCUGGAAGAGCCACCUGCUCCACAUGCGAGGAAUCACGCCAGUCACUACCAACAUCCACGCCAAGUACUUCGAGAGCAAGAUCAAGGCGAAGAUCGUUGCAUCCCGUAG